AUGACUGUGACUCUAAAGUCUACUUCAAAUGGUCAUCGCUCAGCGGAGCCUCCUCUUGAUCAUGACUUCCAUAAUGCUUGGGGAACAAUAUACUCGAACAAUGCUUUCGUCAGUGACAAUCGCGCUCGACAGGUAUGGGAAGAGUAUACGGUGAGCCCUGGAAGAGUUGAGCAACAGUAUCAUGUACUGCUGAACGAGUAUACCGACCGGUUUCAAUCAUUUUUCAACGGAUAUUGGCCCAUAACAUUUCACGCGCACGUUAGUGAUGUGCUGAUUCCAACCACCUUGGCAAGUCUCAUUCUCAAUACCGCAUCAACAUGUCCACUGGUGGUGGAAGACCCAGCACUAUCCCCGUUGCUGAAGGAUGACCCAGAGCCGGAAAAGGUCCAAGAAUUCGCCCGCAACCUUCUUGGUUGGAAUGAUGCUCACAUCAAGACGCCGAAACUGGCGAUUGUUGACGGAAUCUAUGGGUGCGCUUAUGGGCCCUUGGUGAGUCCAAUGAACCGAUCAUCAACCACAGAAUAUACUGACCAGCAAAAGGCACACUCUUCGGACGAGUGGGAAUACAGAAUCAUCGGAUCGGGUCCUGAAUCAUUCUACGUACGCCGAAGCGACUUUGUGACGGAAGACAUAUUAUCGAACAAACUCGUUGAGGCCAAAAAGGAAGGAUGCGUUGCAGUGAUCUGUGAUCUGGUCAACGCGUCAGAUGGAUCAGUCUUCCCGCCCGAAUACUUCUGUCUCUUACGAAAGUGCUGCGAUAAAGCACGCAUAUGUCUGCUUGUUGAUGAAGCCAUGACCGCAAUCCGUUGCGGAGCACCACUGGUUCAUCAGAGACCCGAAUACUUCGAAGAUGGCCAGAUCCAGCCUGACAUGAUUGCCUUUGGUAAAGGCUUGGGUAUCAGUGGCAUUGCGAUCAACUUCAACGGCCUGAUGAUGCGACAUCUCGCUUUCCACAAAGAGGAGCUCAUUCGCCAGUCAAUCAGAUUCUGGCGCUCUAUGGUCACGAGGCCGAUUGCGACACCAGUGUUGAUCGAAGCCUUGGGCACCUUGAAUGUAGCGGCGGCCGAGGAUUGGCCGGCAAGAAGUGAGCAAAUUGGAAAAGCGUUCAGAGAAUUUGUCAUUCGCCAUGCGAAGAACGAUCAACCACCUGGAGAGGAGAUUGUGCGUGGUCUAGGCGCGUUCAUCGCAGUUCCGCGGGAGAUCAAUAAACAGUUCAAUGCUAUGGCAGCAUUUCGUAGGAGAAGUGCUUGGGCGCGGUGGAUUCCCAAGCUAAAUAGUGCUGCUGCUGUGGAUAGCGAAGCGAUCGAGAGAUAUCUCAUUGGCUCCGAUGCAAAACAACUUCGGCAUAUCAUGACAGAAGAGGCCAAUCGGCUUGGGACGAAACCGCUCUGGUGCUGGAUUUGCGGAAUCGAUGCAAUGACAGACGAUUGGUGUCGGACCUGCUUUUUGGGACACUGCGGGACUGAAGCGUGCGCAAAGGGCUUUAGCACUCACAAGUGUCUAUAG